UAACAGAAAAGAGGGAAUAUAGUCCAGUAAUGAAAAGCUGUUGAUGCUGGUUGAAGAAAAGAUCAAAGUAUGCAGUUUCUCCCAAGAAAUUACACAGCAGACUUCUGUAGAAGGAAAGAAAUCAAGAUUCAUGCUUUUCAAGAGGGGCAAGUGGACAUGAUUAACAGAAGCUGUAAAUGGUCUGGAGAAGGGAAAAAGGGAUAUAAAGAAACAACUUGUUUCCCUUCAAUUUCCAAGAGAUACCUCGAAAAUGCAAUUGCUAGACAAGACUGCCAUUGGCAUAUGCCAUAUGUAAAAAUAAGUGAAGAAACACACACACGUGUGAAGACCCAUUUAAAGCAUCAUAUGCAACAUCGCCUUGCUCAAAGAUUGAAGCAGCCAUCUGGAUGUGAGUCAAUGCUCAAGAAUGAAAAUCGAUUUGCAUUAGGAAAUACAGAGGUUUUUACUCUAAAGCACAAAGAAAAAACUAUAGAUCAAGACAGAGGUUGUCAUGCAAAUUCCCGUACAUUUACAGAUGAAUCUCAAUGUACGGAUAAAAGCAGUUUGCAAAGUGAAGAAGAGUUUUUUCUCAAAAGCAACAAGACAGAAAUGCCAAGAGGGAUAAAUGUAAAUAGCUGGGAUCUGCCAGCAUUGAAAGAAGAAGAGAUGCCUUUCUCAAAGGGCCACAAGAUCAGGGUUGACAGGGAAAGCAGCGGAGUGAUGACAGACUGGUUGAAUAACACCUCACUAAGAACAGUUUUAACUAAAAAUGAGUAUACCUGGAAAGAUAAUGGAGCAGAUGGACUUGUCUACAAUGAGUAUUUAUUUCGAACUACUGAUCAGCUGAAGUCCCAUUCUGCAAGCAAGGUGGAAAAAACUAAAUUAUACGCUGCCAUGUUGCCAAGGAUCUGGGAUGUCCCCGCUGAUCUGGGAGAUGAUAAACAACAAAACUCCCCUGACAUUGAAAUUGAUAGAGCUGCAAUAAGAGGAUAUAUCAGUACGCCAUGUUCAGUCAGAAAGAGAACAUUUAUGGUCUAUAUUUGUGGAGGCUAUCAAGAUUCAGAAGAGGAAAGAAAUGAAUUAAUGAAAAGAUCAUACCCACAGCUAUACAGUUACUGUAAAGAACGAGGCUAUGAUUUCCAGAUGCUGGACCUGAGGUGGGGACUAACAGAUGGUGUCAGCAAUGAUCACCACAUGGUUUCAUUACACCUGGAAGCUCUGAAGAAGUGUCAGGAGUUAGGACAGCAGAUGUUCUUUGUUUUCAUUGGGCAAAAGCAUGAUGAUCCUGUCAUCCCACAUACCAUAUCAAAGGAGAAUUUAGAGGCAAUUAAAAACACAAUUGAAAGCCUGAAGUUGGUUGCAAUACAGCAAAAGCAGAACAUGUCAAGUGGUGUAAAGCUUGAUGGAACAAAAGAGGCAGUUCUAACUAAGAAAACAGAACAUGUAGAUGAUAAUCAUACUGACACUUCUAAAGAGUUUCUGGGAACAGGCAAGUCAUCAGAAGAAAAUAUAACUGAGAUGCGUGACAAUAAAGAAUUGGAAUCAAAUAUUUCAGAUGAACAGGAUUUGUCUAAUACAUCCCCUCUCACAGAACAUAAAUCUGCAGCUGAAUAUGAGAAAGAGUUGCGGCUUCUUAAUCAGUGGUACAGAUUGGAUGAAAAUUAUGUCCCAAGUGUUUACAGCCUGCAGCCCAUCAGCACAUUUUACAAAGACAUAUUCAGCAAGGAUCCUGUACGCAAGCAGCAAGCUAAAAGCAAAUGGCUGAGCUCUUUUCAGAAGCUACAUAAGAUACUUCAGGAAUAUGCUUCAAUUGCUGUUGGCCAAGACACAGCGAGUAUGCUACUUAAAACAGUUUUGCAGCAAGAGGUUGAUCAAGGGCUCUGUGUCCACGGCUUUCCUGAAGACCAUUGCCACUGCUUCAAGAGGGACAUCUGUGACUUGCAAUUCAACUUGUCCAGAAAACAAGCUUCAAAAUAUAUUGAUGUCCAUCCUCUGAAACCAGAGAUUAAUAUAGGAAUGUAUGAAGCACACCAGAACUUCAUAAAAAGCAUUUAUACAAGGCUCCAUCACACUAAUAUAUAUGAAAAAAGUAUUAGCUGGGGAAAAAAGGGGAUUGAUCCUGCCAGCAACAGAUCCCAUGCCUACUACCUUGAACGCCUCUGCAAUGACUUUCAAAAAAUAGUCAUCACUCACUUCAGCAGGCUGAUCAAAUCAAAAAAAAUUCCAGAUGUGUUGGAUGCAAGGAGAAGAAAGCAAAUACUCCAAAUUCACAGGGAUGAAGAGAUCCUAGAACACAUCCAGCAUUGCCAGGGACUGAUUAAAUGUGUCAUAGGAAGAGAAACUUUUCUCUGUCAUGUGAAGAAUCAGAUUUUAUCUUCAAACAGAAAAUUAAUUGUGUUGCAUGGAGAGGCAGGAAGUGGAAAAAGUACUCUCAUGGCAAAGGCAGCAUCCUUAGCUCCUCAUUGGAUACCAGGGGACCUCAGAGUCAUAAUCCGAUUUAUUGGUGUUACUGGUGAAAGCAGAAAUGUCCGAUUGGUUCUCUUAAGCCUUUGCUACCAAAUUGCUGACAUUUACCAGAUCUCCAUAAACUUAUCAGAGGAUUUUGAAGCAUUGGUUCAGGAGUUUGCCUCAUUGCUGGAAUUUGCUACAAAGGAUAAAGCACUUCUGAUAAGUCUGGAUGGUUUAGAUGAGCUGUCUGAGGAAUAUGGAGCUGACUUAUCCUGGAUACCCACAAAACUACCUGAAAAUGUAUAUUUUAUGGUUUCUACAUCCACAGAAUCAAACUGCUCAUGCUUAAAAGCAUUGAAGGAAAUUGGAGUAGAACAGAAUAUUCUACAAAUACCUUCUCUUACAUUUACAGAAAUAAAUCAUCUUAUCACUUGCUGGUUGAAAAGAGAUUGUCGAAUACUCUCAACUUACCAGCAGCAACUCUUAAUAGAGGCUUGUGUAGCCUGCCCACUACCACUCUAUAUGUUUUGUGCCUAUAAAGAAUCAUUCUUGUGGACAUCAUUUAGCCUAGAGACAAAGGUAUAUCUUCCUCCAGAUCUAUCUAAAAUGUACUCAUGGUUAAUGGAAAAAAUGGAAAAAAACCAUGGAGAGCAAGUCAUCAAAAGAACGGCAGCCUACAUCACUCUGUCAAAAAAUGGUAUAGCGCUGGAAGAACUGCUUGAUCUCUUGUCCCUGGAUGAAACAGUAAUGCAGGAAAUAACAAAAUAUCAGAAGGUCUCCGUUUUAGCAUUCCCCCAAGUGUUAUGGAUGAAAAUUCAGAAAGAUUUUGGAGAACAUCUGGUAGAACAAAGGAGUGAAAACACCUAUGUUUUCAGCUGGGCUCAUUCAUUUCUGAAGCAUAUCUGUAUGGAGCGAUACCUGAAAACAUGUGAUUUGCAGCUGUCUUUGCAUGCUGCUUUUGCAGAUUACUACCUGGGACACAAGGCUCCCAAAAUAAAUGGUGAAAUGACCACUUUCCAACCUCUGGCCUGGGUUUUGAAGAAGGAAUCCAAAGUCAGUUAUGUUUUCAACCUUCGCAAGCUUGUUGGAACUUCAUAUCACCUGAUCAAAUCUAAUAAUAUUCCCAUGUUAAUAACAGAAUGCUUGUUUAACUAUGAGUUUCUUUUACAUAAAGCAUGUGCUUUAUCAGUGAUCAGCAUAGAAGAGGAUUUAAAAGCAGCUGCUAGUGUUGAGAGGACAUUACUUGACUUGAAUCUGUUAAGUGAAACUCUCAAGUUAUCCAAGAAAGUUUUACUAAAGGACCCAUAUCAGCUGGCUUCACAGCUUAUAGGUCGUCUGCAUCAAAUUGUAGCUGCAGAUAAACCAGUAGCACCAGGUGAUCCUAAAAAAUACCUGCACUUGCCAGCUCUGCUAUCUCAGUGCCAAGAGUCUUCCAUCCCUGUUCUUGUGCCUUCGACAACUUGUCUUCUGGCCCCUGGUGGCCUUCUUUGUGAACUUCUGCCAGGUCAUAUGGACAAGAUCACAGCAGUUGCAGAAACCCAGAAGGAUCUCAUGGUUGUGACAGCAUCUCAGGAUGGCACUUUGAAAUACUGGGAUUUGAACACUGGUAAAGCCACCUUCACUUUGUGCGGGGCUGGGAAGAACAUUGACUCUAUUACUGUGUGCCAAGAGAAUAGGCUGGUUGCAGUGACUGAAAACAACUCCUUUAAAAUCUGGGAUCUUUCCCUGGGAAAAGUGAUCUAUAAAGCUGAUGGUUUUCCAGACACUCCAAUACUGACAUCUGCAAUGAAUGGGCAAUUCCUUUUGGUCUUUUUUGAUGGAAGCCUGUUAGUCAAGGUGUUUGAUUUGACUGAUUCAUGCCAGCUGCUCCAUGAAGCACACAUUUCUGCAGAAGAUGAUGCCCCUGUACACAAGAAUCACUCCGUACUGGUAUCAAAGAAUUCAGUGAAAGACUAUGUCCUCUGUGCUUACAGGAGUGGAAAAGAAGCUAUGGUGUUCAGUGCCAAAAAGGGACAGGUGACUGCUAAAUUGACAAGUCAAGAACCUGUAGUUGCAGUUGAAGGAGUAGCCAUAACUAAGGAAUACUUCCUUGUCAUCUUCAGAUGCCCCUUCAUGGGACAGCAGGAUAUUGUUCAUAUAGAACUCUUCAGUGUUGGUACCUUUGUCUACACUCACACACUGAAGGGUUGCUGCAAUGAUUUUAUUUUCACCUACUUCAUUAAUCACCUGGGGUCCCAUCUUGUGGCAUUCAGCUCUAUCCCAAACACCAGCACCACUGAGAUAAUAGUAUGGAAUCUGGAAUCUGAAGAGCAUAAGCAUCUGGCCAAAUUACCUUCAGUCCCUGUUGGUGGUGUGUGCUCUGAUCUUCAUUACUGUUUAGCUUUUUGUGAUGGAGAGAAUUGCCUUCAAUCAUGGAACUUGGCUUCCAAGAUCAACGACCAGUCUUUGACUGUUACUGCAAACAAGCCAAAGAAAAUCAGUGGAAUUCAGGAUAUUUUAACUAUACAGAACUAUCCCAGGUAUGUUGUAUGCAGAAAUCUGAGUCCUGGAGCCAUUACAGUGUGGAACAUAGUGAAAUCAAAGUGCAAAGGCAAUGCAGUAAGAGUGGAGAGAGGGCUGGUGGAGAACACAGACAUUGUGCUGGUUAGAGAUAUGAAACUCUUUGUCCUGACAGACAAGGGGAUGGCUCCCUUUACAGACCCUCCACUAUCCAUUUUUCAGACCCUUCUUAUUUAUGACCUUCUGAAAAAGAAAUAUGUAAAGAAACAGACAGGCCUUUACAUCAUUCCUUGCCAAAAUCACGAGUACAAGAUUCUUGAGGGAGAACUGUUACUUGGCCUCUCUGAGAACAGAGACCAUAUGAUCAUUUGGAACUUGGAAAGUGGAUUUAUAAAGGAGCGGAUAAGGCCAGAGUAUAAAGACAAACCUCCCUUGCAAACCAUUCUGCCUGGCCAGCUUGUGUCAAAGGACACUGUGGACCUAUACAAGGAUAUGCUGUUCAAAAGGGAAGGAGGAAGGGGAGCCACAGUACUUCAGGCCCCCCAGGGAAGGCAUGUUAAAAGUAAGAAAGGAAAGAAAAGGAGGUCAGACAAAAAUGUGAGAGAGGACCCUGGAAAGCUACAGCAGCUUGCAAAUGAGAAAUAUAAUGCUAUUGAUGAGUACCUGCUCAGUGGAGAUGAAAAGGUAAUAGUGUGUUCGUAUUAUGCACACCACCUUUCUGUGUUCAGUUUGAAAACCCUGUCCCACCUCCAUACCCUUGAAAGUAGGAGAUCCAUGCUCUUCUUACACAAUGCUGCUUUGACCUAUGCUGGCAACUACCUGGUGCUUUCCAACUACAGUGAUGAGGAGAAAAUCAGCUAUAUCACAUUGUGGGAUUUACAAACUGGAAAGGUUAAAAAGCGAUUAAAAAAUGAGCCAAAUGUGUGCUGUGUGGCCAUUACAGACAAUGCCAGUCGGAUUGUUUUUGGUGUCAUGGUGGAAAACAGGAUUAAAGUUUGGGAUCCAUUUGAACAUGGGCACAAGGCUAUUUCAGGUUAUGAAAGCCUUCAUCUUACUGUGAACAGCAAACUGCAAAUGUUGGAAGGAGGUGCAAAAGCAGUCCUGCUUGCAGGUGAGGUAAGCCUAUGGGACUUGCACAGUUGCACAGUAAUGUCAGUCUUUACACCUGACAGCAAAAUCUCCUGCUUAACAGUAGCAUUGGACAGAAAAACUAUUCUUCUGGGGGUGAGUGACAGCCCUGCUCUUAUCACUUUGAAGACAUCCAGUUCUAAAGCACCUGUAAGUUCUACUGAAAGAGACUUAUUUGGAGAAGAAUCUACUAGCAGUGAAGAAGAACCUGAACAAAACUAGAAGUUCAAACAAAAAACUUAGAGGCAUGCACUUUUAAGGACUGGAUCUACAACAGGGACUUAAGUUUGAGUGUUGCAGGAUUUAGGUCCCCUAAAUGAUAAGUGGGGAGCUGCUAGGAAAUGCUGAGAAAAGAAUGAACCUGAAGUCCUACGUUUCCCUUAAACGCACCCCUGCAGUUUAGAGCAUGGCAUUCAUCUCCAACUGGAAUUCACAACUGAACCUUCUCCUGGAGUGAGAUGCCCCAUCCAGGAAGUGCCUCAUGCACAGGAGUUAGUCUAGUAGUUAACCAGAUAGAUUAGUGGUGCUCAGGCUUCCAGAACCAAGGCUGAAUGAGUGGCACACUGUCAGUCCACGGGCCAAAUCUAGUGUGGCUGGUCCACAGGGGUGAUGCGGCAUGGGGCCAUAUCAUCCAACUCAUAGGGCUCCUCCUGGAUCUGGGAACUUGUUGGAGGAGUGAUGGCCACAGCUUCUACAGCCACUGUUCCCCUACUGCCAAAUUUCCAGAUCCAUGGGGAGCCCUGUAGGCCAGAGAUUGAGCACUACUGGGUUAGUUCAUUCAGCCAGAAUAUGGCAGACCUGGAUUAUACUGCCUGCCUGAAACCCCCCCCCCAAAAAAACCCCACAUCUCAUGUCUUGGAAGGCAGCCAAAAGCACCAGGCUAGACUAUCCUGAGCUGGGAUUCUCAGUCAUGUUCAAUGCUACUGUAUUUACUCAAAUCUAAGAUGACACCCAAUAAUUAGAUGCUAUGCAAGGAAAAUUUAUCAUAGAAUCAUAGAGAAGUAGGGCUGGAAGGGACCUCCAAAGGUACCUAGAUCCUGAAGCAGGGUCAUCCCUAUCCCAACCAUCCCGUACAAACCAUAAUCUAAAUUGUAUAUAACAUUGUCAUCAACCCUGACACAACACAGACCUAAUACCCUAGCCUGCCAUAGAUAAAAGCAGAACCACAGUAGCCAAUGUCCUGCUUCUAUGAAAUGUUGUCAAUAUAUGCUCAAGAGAUCCCAGGUAGAGGGCCACACCCCCUGCUACAGAGGAAGGCAAAAACCCCACAGUCCAUACCAAUCUGACCAUGAUGUAAAAUUCCUUCCUGACCCCAGAUAUGGUGAUCAGUCUGCUUUUGAGCAGAGGGGCAAGACCCUCUAGCCAGGAAUCUCUAGCUUUGGUCCCAACAGGAGCACAGGCAAACCCCAGUCGAAGUUCCCAGCCUUGGUUGUAACCAACACCCAAUGCCUCUGAAAUGGGCUUAAAAUCACCCUGACCCAUGUAACUGAAAGGGGCAGUGGGGGGAACUAGCAAAGCCCAGAAGCUUGGGAAAUACUCACCCAUAUCAUGGGAAAUAACCACCCAUAGUAGAACAUAGGCAUAGCCAUGCCUAAAUCAUCCCCAACCAGUGGCUGUCCAACCUCUUCUUGAACACCUCGUGAUGGAGAGUCCACAGCUUCCUUAGGCAGUCUGUUCCACUGCCUCAUUAUUCUAAUAGUGAAUACGUUUUCUGGAUACCCAAUCUAAGCUUAUUUUGCUGCAGGCUUCAAGCCAUUCAUCCACAUCCUCUUCUCUGCAGCAAGAGAGAGAGAGUACUUUUCCUCUUCUUUAUGGCAGCCCUUCAUGUACUUGAAGACUGCUAUCAUGACUCCUCUUAAGCAACUUUUCCACAAGCUGAACAGGCCUAGCUCCUUCGGUCUCUCCUCUCAUCCUUAAGAGUUCUUCAUGCAUAGAUUCUAAAUAUCAGAGGGUUAUCUUUAAUUCAUCCCUCCCAAUGCUGCAGAUGGGGAGGCAGGUGGUGUGGGAAGGUCAAGCAACUUGCGCUGUACUUGUGCCUGCCCCCUGCCGCCUGCCUGCCAAUCCUACCCAGCCUCCGCUCUGCCCUGUCAUGGCUACCAUUCUAGCCUGGGGCACUGAGCACAGCCCCAGGCCAGCCCCACUAGCAGCCAUGCAGGCUGUAUGCUGCUGCUAUGGAGCCAAGCUGGGGCUAUGCUCAGUAGGGCUGUGCGAAAUUUCGACAGCCGUUUCAUUUUGACACUGUUUCGACUCAUUUUGAGGUUGAAACAGAAAAAUCAAAA